GGAGGGGCGGGGCAGCACUAUAAUGGCGGCCGGGCGGAGGCAGCGCGGUGGCGGCGGCGCUGAGUACCUAAACCAGUGGAAAUACUUGAAAGCUUCCUACUAAUAACAGGCUGUUUCAAUGUGGUCCUUAUUGCCUGGUUUACUGACAAAGAAAUUUUCAUUUAUCACUGGCAAUCUUACAAACUAUUUGAGUUCUGAUACACUAGCUGUGGUUUUUAUUUAUUUUUUUUAUUUUGUUUUUGUGUUUUUCAUUCUGUUUGACCAGUGAUAAUUGGCUAGCCAAGCAUUAUUUUUUUUUUUUCAGUUUUUCCCCCCCUGUCUGUAGUCAGUGUCCCAUUUUGGUUUGGUUGUGUGGAGGUGGUGCUGGUGUGUUUUGGUUUGCAAUCUGGCAGGGAGGUGUGCAGGGAGGUUCAUAAACCUGUAGUGGUGCUUGGUGGCUUUUUGUGUGUGUGUGUGUGCAUGUGUCUUUUGUUUUACUUCUAGAGCAACAUCUUAACUUUUGUCCUUGCCCUGUUGAGCAAAAGUGAAAGUUAGAGGCUGAGCACAAGCUUCUGCAAUCAGUUGCCCUUUUUUGACUUUUUGGAACCAUAGACUCCUCAUGCAGAGGAGACUGGGUGAAAAAUCAUACUGAUAUUAAAAACUAAAUCGGAAGCCAUCGAAGCAUCCUCUUGUCUUAGUAUAAGAAUUUCAUGAUUAAAUUAUAACAGAAGCAUUUACUUAUGCAGUCACCUCCAUAAAAGGCAGCGUUAAUUAAAUCUGGUGCUGCCCAACCACGGGCUUCAACUAGAACCUCUUCUCUGCUGUCCCAGAUGUGGAUGGAGAGCAUGAUGCCAUACUAUUAUUCCUGCAGAUGUUCACGGAAGACACUGAGAGAAAGGAGCAGGAGCAUACGGGAUAGUCCUGUCUCGGCACAGGACAAGUCUAGGUUUGAAUUGUUGCCACCUUGAAAACUGGGCUGUAUUUGAAAUCUUAGUAGCCCCACCAAAAAAAAAAAAUGAUGUGAUUUCACUUUUAACUAGUCUGUGGCAACGGGUAGAGGUUUACAGGCUAGCUUCUGGAAUAUUCUCCCCCUCUAAUGCGGCGUUGCAUUCAGUGUAACGCUCAGAGGUGCUGCCCUGUUAAUCACAGGGUGUUGGAAGGCCUAAUAUUGCCGCCCCGAGCCCUAUGGGGGGAAAAUACAGCCCGGUUCUUGCUCAUGAGUUUUAGUUCUGUGGGUUUUUCCCCCCUUCCCCAGAACCCUUGAUCUUGAAGAUGGUGAGUAGCCAGCCUAAGUACGAUCUAAUACGAGAGGUUGGUCGUGGCAGUUAUGGUGUGGUGUACGAAGCAGUCGUCAGGAAGACCUCUGCCCGGGUGGCGGUGAAAAAGAUACGGUGCCAUGCUCCAGAGAACGUGGAACUAGCUCUGCGUGAGUUCUGGGCACUUAGCAGUAUCAAGAGCCAGCAUCCCAACGUCAUUCACCUGGAGGAGUGCAUCUUGCAGAAAGAUGGUAUGGUGCAGAAGAUGUCCCAUGGCUCCAGUUCCUCCCUUUAUUUACAGCUUGUAGAGACCUCAUUAAAAGGAGAAAUAGUCUUUGACCCCAGAAGUGCUUAUUACCUCUGGUUUGUAAUGGAUUUCUGUGACGGAGGAGACAUGAAUGAGUAUCUGUUGUCCCGAAAACCCAACCGCAAGACCAACACCAGUUUCAUGCUCCAGCUCAGCAGCGCGCUGGCGUUCCUGCACAAAAAUCAGAUUAUUCAUCGGGAUCUCAAACCUGACAAUAUUCUCAUCUCUCGGAGCAGGAUGGAUGCUAGUGACUUGGAACCUACCCUGAAAGUAGCCGAUUUUGGGCUGAGUAAAGUAUGUUCAGCCUCAGGACAGAAUCCCGAGGAACCAGUUAAUGUCAAUAAGUGUUUUCUAUCCACUGCCUGUGGGACUGACUUUUAUAUGGCCCCCGAAGUUUGGGAAGGACACUACACUGCCAAAGCUGACAUCUUUGCCUUGGGGAUUAUCAUCUGGGCCAUGUUGGAAAGAAUCACCUUCAUAGACACGGAAACAAAGAAAGAACUUUUGGGGAGUUACGUCAAGCAGGGGACGGCCAUCGUGCCUGUUGGAGAGGCCCUACUGGAAAACCCCAAAAUGGAACUGCUCAUCCCUGUCAAGAAAAAAUCCAUGAAUGCUCGGAUGAAGCAGCUGAUCAAGGAAAUGCUGGCUGCCAACCCCCAGGACCGACCCGAUGCUUUCGAGCUAGAACUGCGAUUAGUCAACAUAGCCUUUAAAGACAGCAGCUGGGACACGUGAUGGGCCGGGGCCGUGUCUCCCCGUUGGAGCCACUUCUCACCUCCCUGAGGUGUGUCAUUGAACGGCAGUAAAAGAAACGAGCCUAAACCCCAAACCUGCAGGGUGUAGUUUCUUCCGAAGGAAUCUCUCUGGAGUUUGGUCAAUGCUACUCUCUUGAGUUUCAUCAAUGAGUUGGCCGUUGCGUUAACGCCGCGUUGAUGUGUAUAGAUACCAGGAUGUUAGGGGUGAGCGUGCGAUGCCGCGGUGCUCGUUUGUGUUCGCUGGCAGAGGGAGGUCUUAAUUGCUGAGACUCCAUUUCCAGCACUAAGGAGUGACGUGGAGUAUUCCGUACAUUCCAGUUUCCUAUGUCAGUAUUAGGAACUCUCAUGGAAAAAAGAAAAAACAAAACCACAAACAAAGAGAUUUGCAUGCUGGUAGUGCAGAUCUUGAGGCUUUGUAAAGUAAUUGUGUGUAUAUAUUUAUGUAUAGGAGUGAUUGGGAGUGUAUGCCACUUUUUUUUAUUUUAAAUUGUUUGCUAUGGGUGUGCGUGAUUGGGGUCUGCUAGAAAACUGGGUGAAGAGGAUAGAUGAGAAGCAUUCCUUCUUCUCCAGGCCUGGAUAAUUUUGUUAUUUAUUUUUGGUAUCUAAUGUCAAAGAUAGGGUCUGAGACUUGACUUUGUAGACAAAAAAAAUAUAAAAAUAAAUGCAAUGCAAGAGGA